UGUGAAUCGACAAGAAGAGGAUCUUCUAUCUUUUAGAAGGGGCCAAGAGAAGUCCUAGCAAAGACGUGGACCGCAAGCAGGUCAGUUAUAAUUCUUGCCCUAUUAUUUUUAGCUAAAGCUGGAUACGUGUCUUAAGAGUUUUCGUGAGGAUGUUGUACGUUUCUGUCUUCGUGUUGAGUGUCCGAAGCCGGCCAACUUUGAUUUAACGACGACGCAGUUCUAACGACUUUGCAGACUAAAAAUAAUUGUUUUCAAAUAAUUGUAACAUCUAAAACUUGGCACAAUCCUGUCAAGGCCGGGGGGGGGGGAGGUGAACACGGGAUAUGCUAUGUGGCUCCCUCGAGGACGAAUUGAGGGAAAACGUCGUUCUGCAAUCCGGUUGAGGGCAAGCUUUUGAUGAACACUGGAUAGAAAAUUUCGUUAGGGAGUUGUUUCUCUCUCUCUCUAAGUGAUCUUUUCAUUAAAUUAUCUAACUUUACCUGAGUUUAGGGAUCCAAGUUGUCUUUAAUGAGUUUUUGACCAGAUCCCUGUGGGGUUAGAAAUGCUCAGUUCGUCCCUCCCCCGUUCCGUUUUGCGGUCCUUCACAAUUAUUUAUUUUUCGACCCAAGUAAGACCCUAAUUGUCGAUCAUAAGCACAGUAAAGGAUAAGAAACUCUUUGGUACACGCAUUAGUGUCAUAAAACUAAAUUUAUGUAUUUGAUUCAAGACUUUAUUAAUCGUUUUCCUCGAGCAGAAAUUUCAAUCCGAGUUUUGUAAGAACAUGCGAACGUAACUGCCUCUUUUAUCGAUUCAGGAAUUUAAAAACCCUAAAAAUGCUUGUAAGCAAGUGUAAUUUCCGGAUUUUAAGAACUUGAGCUAAAUAUUUCACAUACUGCUUACUUGUUGGCGGUAAUGGCAUAGAAACUAGGGAGCUAAUUGCGCUUUAUAUUUCUGAAGUUCCAGAAGAUCUAAAAGUCUCGUCAUUUUUUGCAAAUAGUAUUAAAGUACAGAAUUAAAAAGCAGACUUUUCAUCGCAGAUUACCAAUCUGACCAUGGGGAUUGAAAAAAGCAAUGAAUUCCUAUUUCACUCGAUUCAGCCGAUGAGUGUUUUGUUAUAUAUUGUCGGCAUCAACGUCUUUCUUGAGUUUUCUCGUUGUGGCGAAUGGAACAAAUCGCUGAUCUUUUGGGGGCGAAUGAAAAGCUAGAACCCGUUGUCCUUCCUAACAUCGCUGCUUUCGAUUCAAAUUUAAUUUAAUAAUGUUUUUCUUAUAAGUUUUUCUUUUGAUCUGAGAAACAAUAGAACUGUCCUUGCUGGUCGCAAAAAAUCACUGAUUUUUUUGGGGGAGAAUGAAAAAAACCAUUGUCCCUCCUAAUAUUGCCGCUUUCGACUCAAAUUUAAUAAAGUUUCCUUGUGUUUUUCUUUUAAGAUUUUCUUUUGAUCUGAGAGUCAAUAGAACUGUCCUCGCUGGUCGCAAGGUGCAUGAACACCCCUACCCCUAAAGUGUCGGGGGGGGGGGUGAGGGAUGGGGUGGAGAUUUUUAAGAUAGCAUGCUAUCUGUGUUGCCAGGCUACAGCCACCUUAAAUCAUUGUAAAAUUAUGUUGAUUCUGAGCUUACUUUACCGAAUGAUUUAUUCGAACGUUCGCACAUUGAUUAAAAUUCGAACUCGUUUAAAAGCUACAGGUAUCUCCAUUAGACUGAGAAAAAUUCGUUUGAUGAUAUUACCGAUCCAGUUAACCAAACUGAUCACUGGGAAACUCAUCAAUGAAAAGUGCAGGUGCCAACAAAAUAGGGAAAAAGUUUGGAGCCACGUUUUCAUCAUGAUAUCCCUUAAACGCCAUCUAUGUCGGUGCAUACUUUGCUAAAGAAGCUGUAUUGAGUCACUGUUCAAUAAAUUGGGAGAGAUAUGAUUAGUUAUGUGUUAAAGAGUUGGUUUCCGUUCAAACUGGGUAUUCUAUGAAGUACGUCUUUUGGUCGUACGUAUUUUUUGUACUCUGAUUUUUUUGUCAAAUGAUAACAAAAUAGCCACUGAGGAAGACUCCACAAUUUUUAAAAACAAAAAAUCGCAGGGUCAAGAACAUAUUGACCUGGAGUUGAACAUAGAUUACGACAACAAUUAUGAUGAUAGAAAAGACCAUUCCUUUUAUCGGUGAGAGAAGCGCUCUCAUUACAUCACGUGAGGUUCGAUUCGCAUGAGCGCUUAGAGUGCUUCUCUGUGCACGACUACAGAAAAAAAAAAUUAUGGCAGAGUUCACCAUGAGAAAUAACCAGAUUUACUAUGAACAGAUUAAGAAAUUCACAGACUGUGUCAGAUGGAGAAAACAAUAAUGAUAGGAAGUUUUCCAGCCUGGUGAGAGAGGGUGGGGGGUUACCAAAGUUAAGGUUUGUACGAAAUGCUCCACCCUGGGGUCCAGACCCUUAUCACACUUUUCCAUAUCGUAUUCAACAGGGAAUCAACUUUUCUUGGGGGUUAAAAAUCCCCACGCUUGAGGUCGUGACAAAGAAUGGGCUAGGGAUGAGGGUUGCCAGGUUACCAGGUUGCAAGUGACCCUUCCUUUGUUGUCUCUCUCGAGAAAGGAAUAAUUUCUAGUGCUGAAAUACUCGGGUAGACCUCCCUUUUCUUGGUAAAGAAUCGUGCUUGCCCCUUAACUUUCAUCCACAUAAUUAUCUCAAUAAAAAAGACAUCACAUCCUAUUUUACGCUUAUGACUGUCACUCUUCUAUGUGCAUGUAAAUGAGCCUUCUUAGCCUCUCUCUUGAGGGAAAAUUCUCUAGUUUUAAGUAAUUAUGUUGUCGAGGCCAGGAAAACUAAGGUAUACUCCAAUUAUUGUCAGUUAUUGAUCGCUUGUAAUCAAUUUCAUUAAUUAACUUUAUUACUUUUCAGGUCAGUUUUUGUAUGUGUUUUACAAGUGCACACGUAGUUGUUCAGUUUGCUAACUAGCUUGAAGGGUUACACGAAAGUCAGAGGUCAAUGUUCACUGGAAACCUGUGAUAGAAGUAAGUUCUUACUAUUAGGUUUGAGCUGUCGAUUCAUCGCCUAUUUCUUUUAUAAAACCAGUUGUUAUAAAUUCUUGAAUGUUUCUUAAUUAAACUCCAUAUCAUAAUCGUGUAAUUUCUACGCAUUAACUUAUCUUGUUGCUUAUUUAAUUGACAGUUUCCUGGCGAUAACAUAUCCGUAUUUUGUCAAUUUUGUAACGGCACGAGUACAAAAUGAUAACAUGUACGCUAUUUGGGGAAGAGAGCUAUGUCGGGGCAAGCGAAGUCGGACAACAUUUUUUGGCGUACAUGCAAUAAUUUUGGUAAACAGUUACCCAAGACAUAGAAACCUUCCAUCGUGUUUUUCUGUUUCAACUUGCAACGUUUGUCCCCCAAAGAAGCUCUGGUUUACGAUCAAAAUAUAUUUACGAAAGGUGGUUUAAUUUCCGGAAGAGGUAUUCAGAACUGCUUCUAUUUCCAGCACCCAAAUCUUUCAAGAGCAAAAUUUUUUAAAAUUUUUUUUUGCUGCAUGUUCUUGACAAGAUAACUAUAAACUUGAAACUUGAAACAAAACAUCUGAGCUUUUAUUUCCUCAUUAACAAAUAAUUGAGAUACAACUUGAACACGGAUAGGCCAGACCUUAAGACAAGGCCUUCUGUCAUGUUAGGUAAAGUUAAAGUGAAUUAAUUUUCAGAAAUAAGAGUACAGCUUUUAUAUCUCGUCGACGAGACGUAUCUUUAAAGAGGAAAAACGUUACUCUAUGAAGGCCACACACACACGCAUGGAUACUUCCACAUUGUUAUACAAUGUUGUUUAUCAUAUAACGAACUCUGAACUGAUAAGAUCUCACGAUGUUCACCAUUUGUAUGUUCAGUCGGAUUAUAACAUGCCAUCUGGAGAAACAUGCUUAGCAAUCAAAAUUUCAAAUUUUCACAUUUUCAAUGAUUCCUUCCUGUCAUUAAGAGAGAACUAACCGUCGAUAAGAAGAUACCUAUAUUUAUGCCUAUAUUUACGUAUGUGGUAGGUGGUGACAAACAAGGUUACAAUUUGAAAGGAGUUUUCUUCUAGAGCAUACUUUGUGUUCCAGACGUGUGGAGGAUAGAUUUUUAGAAUACUCUCUCCUGAAAAAAAAGCCGAUUUAACCUCUUGACCAAUUCAAUAUAAUGUUACAGCCGUGGUAAAACAUACAAAACAUAGCUCGGACACAUCUCCAAAGAAAGGAGGAAGCGAAUUUGGUCAGCGUUUUUAGUUCACGAAAAAGUCCCAUGAAGAAAAUCUAAACGUGUUCGUUGAUCAGGUGAGGCUGUCUGUAAUCAAGUGGGUUCAAUUCAGCUCUGCGUAACAUAGAAAAAGCGUUUCGUUUGAGUAUUUCAUGUUGUUGUUCUUUUUUAACCACUUAAUCAUCCCAUAAUCGGAUAGAAAUGGACGAUAAGAGGGUGGACUUUGCGUCGAUAGUUACAACUAGCAAAUUUCUAAAGCGUCAGCAAGAAAAUGAGAAAAGAAAUCUGCGAUCUGCACCAGCCCUGUGGGGUGUACAGACUUCAACAUCUUGGCAUGAAAAUGAAUUGAGCCAUUCAGUAUUUUGUUCGGUUAGUGUCCUUCUGAUUAAGUUUCGAAGGGAGAGGAUAUACCACAGAACUUACAUCUAUCGCCGUAAAAGUGUCCAUAGACAAUGAGCAAAUUUCUGAAAGCAAACGAAAGCUUCGUUGGUCGAACUAUUGUGUUGCUGCUACUGACAGAUUCUUGAAUAGUUUCUCUCAUAAACAAAAGGCUGAGAAUUGAAUUUCCAACACUUGAAGUUUCAUUUCAUUAUUUGGGGAGAUCUAUUUACAAUAUAUUUGUUAUUUUGGUUCCAUUUCUCUUUUUUUCUUACUUAGGACUUUAGAGAUAUGAGAAUGCAUUCUCAAUGUUUAAAGUAUUUCUAUAUUUCCCUCAGUGAAAUGAAAAACCGCGAACUUUGAUAAUCGUUCGCAUAUUUCUUGCUUAAAAAAAACUUCCUCCCAAAAAUUUAUAGUAUAAAAAAAAAUUACGUGUUAAAAUCUGGCAUAGCUGUUUUUGUACUUCGGUGAAUUCGUUGGGUUCUUUCAUUUAGAAAAUGUGUUCUUGUAAACGAUUAUUUGUCCUUUGAGUUUUAAUUAAAAAAGAAUCUGAUAGCUUGCUUGUUUUGAUGCAUUCUGAGCGGCAUGUGGUUUGAUAUCGAGCGUUUUUUUCCUUUGGCGGAAUAAUAUGGGGCUUUUAUUUCAAAGAUACACGUUCUUUAAUUAUUUUUCCUUAAAGCAACUAAUUAAGAAAGGUGCUGUUCUAUGAUAUUCAUUUAAUCUUGGUUAGCUUUUUUGGUAUUAAUUUUUGUCUGAUCAUGCAGUGGAAGGUAGAGUACUUUUCUGCUCACUGCAGAGAGCAUGAGCGGUCUGAUCGACGGAUUUGUCAAAAAGUACCAGUUUAAGGAUGCGAAAGAUUUCAAUGUAAUGUAACGAAGAAAAGUACAGUUUAAAGAUGCGAAAGAUUUCAAUGUAAUGUAACGAAGAAAAGUACAGUUUAAAGAUGCGAAAGAUUUCAAUGUAACGCAACUAAGAAAUGUCACGGUUUUGUUUAAUUAAGCGGCAUUAAGUGCAAUCCAGAUGGCAUGCAUAGCAAUCAUUUUAAUGUCAUGGGAACAUGCUGGGCUAUGCUUUUACUUCCAGCUACUAGCACAUCAGUGCGUUUGUGGGCUACCACAGUCUUGAAGGAAAAAAAAAACAUUUUUGUCUGUAAACUGAGCUUAUGAUAUCCUAAACGGCUAUUUGGCGUUCCAGUCGAUUUUUCCCUUAAGAUGUCUAUACAGGAGAUCCUCAACUACUGAGUCGAAUGAGCCUUUUAAUUUUCGUUUGAAAUCUCUAGAAGCUUCACAUCGUAACCGUACCUUACACAUACUUGUGUCGUGCACAUAAUUUGCUCGUCUUGCUUACUUCCUCAAAAUGCAACGUCAAUGACUUCGGGAGAUGUUCGUCUAUAGCAGGACUUGAUAACAAUGGCGAUUUUUGAAAUAUUUGCUGUAAAUGAUCAUAAAGGAGAAGAGUUGGUUUGGGAAAAUAGCGAAAAAUUGUAGCCAAACUAGACUCGUAUUUACUUUCACUCUGGCUUUCUGUUGGAAAGAAACGAUGAGAUUUGCGUUUGUGCUUCUCUCAAUUAACAUUAGCUGGCUCAGUUGAUAUAGCUUGUUUCUCGAUGAAAGGUUCACUCAUAAAUGUUCGUUCAUAAAGAGAUCUCUCAUAAGGUUCGCGGACCAACCCGUUCCAAAAACGCUCGACAUCUUUUAGUGUGGGUCUACCGCGAACGCUGUGUGCAUAUUUAUACACAGUAUCUGUGCAGAUUUUGCUUCGAAAAAACUACUUUAUUCCGCCAUUGCACCGUGCCAUGUGCUCAUCAGUCAAAACGUCGCACAUGUGUUUCAGGACUUGACUGCGAUUUGCGGCUUUCACCAUUUUAAUACUGAAUAGUUUAUCCUUUUUAGAUCCUCGUUGACAUGGAAAAAUUAUAUUCAUUCGCAUCGGCGUUGUUGGUGGUAUUUCUGUCGUGCACUACAGCACAGAGUCCGCUUCCAGUUCUCUCAGACUGUAGUCCUUGCUGGUGUGACAGCGCAGGAAAAUGUCCCGACCCUCGGGAAGUAUGCCCUGAGAUACUUAACUGCAAUACAGGGGUGGUGAAAGAUAAGUGUGGCUGUUGUUACGUUUGUUUAAAGUCAAUCGGAGAAAUGUGCAAAAGAGAGCCAUACCAAAAGGAUGAGGAAAAAUGCGACCGGGGACUGCAAUGUCUACCGGGUGAAGACACGUGGAAAUGCGAAGAUUUUAAACCAGAGAACCUUAAAAUCAGCAGAUGUGAAAAGAGUAAGGCGAUCACCUGCAUUAUCUUGUGGUUUUAUACUCUAUGCAAAACCAGUGAAGGUGUUGCGGCACAAUUUUUGAAGCACCGAAGUUUGAGGCACUCUUAGCACACUUCCACCUUAAAUCAUGCGAAUUUUAAUUUGAACGACUUUUUUCCAAGACAAAUUCUGUCGUACGGAAAAGGUCGAUAAAAAAAUUAGUACAGGCGAUCACAUGAUUUAGAGUGGAAUUUUGUAAAGAUAAGUGAGAGAGAGUUUUUCAGACCAAGUCAAAAUGGACAAGGCUGUAGGGCGAAGGUAAUUUGAAGUAUGAAAAAUCUAGAAGUGCUUAUUCAUACCAAAUUACCUGAGGAAUCAUGAGCCAAAAAAUUAAACCAAUUAAAUUUUGAUAGCACGUGCUUUAAUUUUACAUAAAGUUCAUUCAACUAAUUGGUUGAAAAAGAUUACAACGUUUGUCAAACUUAAAUUUUCAUAAUAUUAUUAUUUAAAAGUCAUUCAACUAUUGACUUGGAAAGAGCACAUUUUUAAUUUAAUCGCACUGGCGUUCCAAAUUUGCAGUCGUGUUAUAAAUUUGCACCCAUGUUACAUGAAAACUGCACCCUUCUCUAAUCAUUCAAGGACUGAGUAGUUUUUUUAUUUACGGAUAUUAUUAUCCAAAUAACACGCAGACUGAGAAUCGAUUUCUCGCAGCGUUCUGUCCCCACAUCUUGUUAAAGUGAGAGUCCCCACAUCUUGUUAAAGCGAGAGUCGCUUGAUGUUUCGUUAAGACUUUGUACCCAUUAAACACUGUCAUAUUUUUUUGAUAAUUGAUAUCAGUGGGCAAAGACCGAUGUUAUGACCUGGUCACAAGGAAAUCCUAUCGAACUGGAGAAAUUUGGAUCCGAGGAGAUUUCACUUGCACAGCGUGUGAAUGUGAAAGUAGCGGUCGGUUAUACUGCUGGUCGAUAAAGUGUAACGUUCCACGCUGUAAGGAUCCUGUUCGAGUCGAGGGAAGAUGCUGUGAGUUCUGCUUAGACAGCGACGUCAAAAAGGGUAAGUAAAAAUAACAUUACGUAAUUUGCAAGAGAACAUUAGUUCAUAUUCUCUUGGUUAUUUGUGAUAAGACGACUAAAAUGAACUUUAUACUUAUACCACCACAGGUAAGAGAUCUUUAGUUUGUGUUGGAAGGCAAGAGAUCAUGAUCAUCAGCUGUAAGAACAGAAGGAAUCGUUGGGGAACGAUAGCUUACAACAAGUCUUCGUUACACGCAUCCCGAGAAGAGAAAGCAAUCAGGGGAAAUUCGGGAUGGGGGGGUGGGAGGUACAAGAACCGCCCAUGCUUUUGAACCCCAAGUGUUUCACGAUAACCAAGGCGUGAUUGAUUUUACUUUUAUAUCUGAUUGGUCUAGAGGGUGCAUGCGGGUUUUAUAGACCAAUAACAGAGCUAAGUAAAAAAAAAUAAUUAAUGGCAGUCUUGGAUUUCUCUCGACACUCAAUUCACCAAUAUUUUUGCUCUGAGACUUCAAAUUGCUCAAAUCCUGACAUGUUGACCUUCUGGAGCCAUGUCCUACAACUUAGGAAUAGUUUUAAAAAUUGUAGAUCACGCACCACCAACGUUCACACCCAAGUCAAGGAUCUCGGUUCAUAGAGACACUCUAUUCAAGAUACUGAAAAUGAAAUGUCAUACUCUGUUGAAGAUUCAAGACCCUUGAAAAUAUACACUAUUGGGCGGUACAAGUAUCACUCCGCCCGAUACUUUUCUUAGCUAAGCUGGUUGCUAUUUACUUUUUGCCAUUUGUUAAUAGUAGCUAAAUGGCCUGAGGAUUUUUCUUCCUAGUGUGCCAUUUCAAUGGGAAGACGUUCUUUCAGAGUGAAAUCAUUGUGUUACAAGACCGCAAGACAAUUUGGUAAGUAAAGAUUUCAUAAAAUUCACAUCCAUAAGGCUUGCUGCGGGUUUGCGGCUUUUUAAGCUUCUUUACUUCACUCAGUGAUCCACAGCAGAAAGAAAUCAUCCAGAUCUAGGUAAAAUGAAACGCAAUGUCAAUAUGUCGAAUAAUUUAUUGAGCCAGAACGCGUCAAAGGUCUGCACAAUUUCACGAAACGCCACUGAGUAGUAAGAACUUGAGGGAUUAUCAAUAUGCUACUUACAAGGUCAGGUAACAUGAGUACAUGUGCGUAUAUCCGAUUUCUAUAGCGCAAAGUGACUUGAAGUGUGUUAAAUUCACUCUUUCCAAAUGAGAGGCUUGUCCAUUACAGGUUGCUCCUUAGCUCUCUGUCGAGUUCUCCUGACAGUUUCUCUGGUACUAAUUCAUACUCCUUGGUGGAGAGUGAGGUGUCGUGCCUAAAAAACCAAUCCACAAUGACCCAAUCAAGAAUCUCGCUUGAACCUCAUGAUCCGGAGUCCAUGUCACUUCAAAAACAUUGUCUUUCUUUUUUCGUGCGAUAAAAAACCUCGACUCACGCAAUAUUAACAUACCUUGUCGAGUGAACCGCAUAAAAACUACGCGCCACGUCAAAAGUAUUCGGCAAAUUCUUGUUUUUGUUUCAGCCAGUGUCAAAAGUCUCGAGGUUGGGUAUGUGAAGAGAGCAUUAAACGAAAUAUGCAACCACUUAACGGUAAGUUGCACUGGGAGAUUUCAAUCCCACCAAACUACAACCAAUUUUGUGUAAAAAAUAAUUCUGCCCUCACUUUAUGCAAUUUUGCGUUUAAAAAUAUUCUGCCCUCUAAUCGUUUAAGCCAACCCACGUCACGUUACACCACGCUACGGCAACAGCAUUUUUUCCCCUAAAGUUUCCUCAUAAAAGUUAUUCAUAUCACACAGAGUCACCGCAGUGUGUUGAUCCACUGUCCAGAAGAGUCUUCAAGAAGGGUGAAAUGUGGAGAUUAAGUGAAUGUGCUCACUGCGUUUGUGGAGAAUCCAACACAGGCAGCUGUUCCGUAGUGCGCUGUCCCACACCAAGGUGUAAUGACCCUUUUAAGAUAAAAGGAAUAUGCUGUCCAGCGUGUCCAGAGGACUACCAAGAAGGUUGGCUACACUCUGCGUUAUACUUUCUCAUGUAAAAUUGUGAUUAGAGAUAGGUCAGUGAAAAACGUUUUUCCAUUUACCUCACGCGUCUUGUCACACAAUAAGGUUCUAUUCUGUGAUCAAAGUUCUCUGCAUUCGUGAUCAGUCUUAAAACUGGUGCGUUUAUUUCAAUUGCAGCGCUGAUUUGGGCGCUAAUUUUCUCCCUAAAUGGCCCGAGCAUCCUGCUCGUUUUAGUCAGCAGUUAACACAUGGGUGAUAGGAGAUAGAAAUAAAUGCUUACCGAUGGACCGACGUACGCCCGCUACAAUAGUCAACACGUGAUAUGAUUUACUGCUUUCUUGUUAUUACCUAGUUUGUCACUUUGAGGGAAAAAAAUACUUCCGUGGUGAACUUAUAGUUCUACCUGACAAAUGCACGUCGUGGUAAGUUGGUCUCUAACUGAAAUGUACUCUUUAUGCCACAGAAUAUUGCUAGACGUUGUGAUAAAAGUGACGUAAGUCAGUUAAGGGUUAUCAGUCGUUCCGCACCACGGUCGAAUCGCCCUCAGUCUCUUCGUGCCCAGCGAGGUCGAUUCGUACUAAGUCGGUUGAGUCGUUUCGUACCCAUACUAAUACUAAUACGGUAUGUAUGUCCAUGUAAGGUAUGUUAAAAGUAAGAAUAGAAUAAACAAAAAAACGACAAAAAACAUUAUUAUUGCUAACCAAAACGAGGAGAAAAAACCACACACAAACUGUUAUCGAUAAGAAAGUCGCAUGCAUAAACAAUAGACUGUUUCGAGAUGAAUAUGAAAGCGAUUUUCGCAGUAAGAAAAAUUUCUUGAGCAGUGGUGAAAAUAAGGCCUGAAAAAUUAAAAUUCAGGCCUACACGGGAUAUGAACCCAUGACCUCUGCGAUACCGGUGCAGUGCUCUACCAACUGAGCUAACAAGCCAAUUGGGAGCUGGUUAUUAUGUUUAUUCCAAAUAAACCCGUGAAGUGAUAAAUAAACGACUGUGAAUAUCUGAAAAUCAUCUAUGAAUAAUUGAUUCAUCUAUGAAUAUGAAAGCGGUCUUCGCAGUAGUGAAAAUAAGGCUGUUCCAUUUAAAAUAUCACACCCACGCCUUUCACUAGGCAACAAUUCAGUUGCCUCUUUUCUUAAGGAGGUCGUAUGAAAACACAACAGAAUUUUGCGUGUAUCACUCGCUUGACUCUUACCUCACGCGUUUGCGCGUGGGGUAUUUCGAAGAACUGCAUGUAUAUUGGGACGAUUAAGAAUAGAGUAAUGGUUUGGGUACGAAUCAACUCAGACUGAGCCCUAAUCGACUGAAUUUGGGUGCGACACGACUGGGUAUGAAACGACUGUGGGUGCGAAACGACUGGAUACCAUGCUACUGGGGCCAAUAGUCUCGAUAUAUGAUUUCACUUACCUUCAUUUUAAACAGUACAUGCGUAAACUCCCAGUGGCAGUGCUCAUCUUGGAGGUGUUCGUUUACGAAGAUGAUAAAAGGUACGUAGGUCACUGGUUUAUGUUUCGCACCAUGCACAUCUCAUCUCCUAUUCAUUUGCAUACGAUCGAACUUAUAUCUACAGCUGUUGUAGAAACCGAUCUCCUAGCCCGAGUCCGCGCGGCUAUUCAUGUAAGUUUGACUUUCGCGCGGAUCAUGCAAAUAAAAGAUGCGAGCUCGAGUUGAAAUGUAAUCGCAGGUAACGUUCUUAUGCCAGCCGUAUUCCAAAAUCGUCGGGUAAAUCGCCCUUUCGUCUAGUGUCUUAUUAGUAUUUCGUACUACGUUAUUCGUAUUUCCUAUUUUAUUCCAAUCUUCCAUUCUUAAUGCAUUAUGUUCAUAAUACUUUACUUAUAAACCCCCUGGCAAUGCCUGUAAAUAGAAGAGUUCGGUUGAGUCUUCACCCCCGUUCAGGAAAUUAAACUCCUCUUAAAUUUAUUGCUGGUGCGUUGGUUAUGGCUGUAGAGCCCCAAAACUAUCAUGGAAAACUGAAGAAAAAAAAUUGUGAAGGUUGGGGUUCGAAUAAGCUGAUAAUAGUUGAAUGAAAAUGCUUUUUAAGGAGAAUGACACUACUUUGGGUUUGCAAAAAGUUAGGGUCAACCGAAAUCUAUUUAGUAUGAUGAUAUCUUUCGGCGACGCUAACUAUCCUCAAAUGUCGUCUUUCUUUUGCAGAACCCUUAGCCAUGAGACGAGACUAGGCCUCCGGAAUUCAGCUAUAGCUUUUCAGCGCCCCUGGAAAGGUUCAUUUCAGUUAUAUGAUCCAUUCCAGAUGAAAGGACGUCGAUAGGCAAUGCCGUGAGAUAAUUCAAAAUUGCGAUGUUCCGCUAGCUUUGCGGUGAAUUCCCUUUUUAACCGGAAAUAAUGCAUAAGUUCUCGCCGGAACUAUAUUAAUAUCACUGAGAGGACGUAUGCAAAAAUAUCUCAAUUUGCUUUACAUUUGAUUUGCAAUUCAAAUUAAAUUUGAAACUUUUCUGACAAUUAAGGAAACAUUUUUCCCCUCCGGGAAUAAAAUAUAGAUUUUGAGCUUUAGGCUCUUUUAAUUCACGGUAUGGUAUUUCCUUAAAAAGAGGAAAAGAAAACUUUGUUUUUAGUUGAAGCAAUAAUGAGAAGCUCCCUAGUUCACAUUUUUGCACAAAAUUUUAAAUGAUGACCAGGAAAGUCAUGAUCAUGUCUGGAUCGAGAAGGGGUGUACAUUGUGGCAUUGGUAGGAAGUUUGUUGCAAACUUACAAAGUCUUAAAGCUAUGAGUCAAUUCAAUUUGUUUAUAUUUUAUUCUAUAGUCUUAUUAGAUAAAAUAAGAAAACAACUGAGACAAUUAAUUAGGCAAAUGAAUAAUACUUGCGCCAAAGGUAAAUAAAGUUUAGCUUUUGUUCCACAAACUCAAACUUCCCUGUGUGGCUUAAUGCUCCAUUAAUAGAGGUUGGCCUGAGUUUUGUAGUGGAUUAUUCAGGUUGAUGUUGCCGACAGGAGCUAUAGCUGAAUUUUAUUUCGAGGCGCUUUUCGAUCGACUGUCGUAGAGCUAGAGGGAAAUUACAGCCGAUCUAAAGGCAACUGGCUAACAAACGAAACCCACUAAAAGCUCGGGAAAACGCGGAUGACUAAGUCGCAAAUUGGCAUCUGACUGGUCCAGAGGAUGGCGUGAGUUUUAAUCAAGCGACGCGCAAUGCUAUUUGUACACAGAGUUAAAUGAAAAGCAAUCUGAGAAAACCAUAUAGCUGGACUGAAUUCAAAGCAAAGAUCUCAAAUUCAAUAAACUUUUGAGUGUACGAGUUACGAGCUUUUGAGGACAAACAUUCGUGAUAGUAAUCCCAACGUUAAGGUCAAACUGAAGACAACAGCAAGGACACCAACCAAAAGCGCGGGAGAACGUGGGUGACUCAAGUCUCAAGUUGGCAUCUGAUUGGUCAAGAGAAUGGUGCGAAUUUUGACCAAGUGAUGCGCAUUGCUUUGUGAACAGAGUUGAAUGAAAAGCAAUCUGUGCAAUGCUUCAGAUCUGAAUUUUCAGCAAUAUCUCAAACUCAGAAAAAUUUACAAGCUUUUUGAGACAAACAUUUCGUGAAGAGGUUUGUACCAAUUCAUCGAGAGGUGUAAGGUCGUGCUAAGUCUGCAAAUUAUGUCCUGUCGUGGAGCUUGUGGUCUUUGGAGAAAACGCGGCUUACCGUAUUGAACUGUAAUCCUCGCAGUCGCAAAAAACUAUUUUCAUUUAUUUAAGUCCAUUUGUCUAAGGUGAAACCUUUUUAAGGCAAGAAGCCAUUUCAAGUGUUUCAAAUUAAAGCUUUCCGAGAAACGUGCAUAUUUUCAAAUAUGCCAAUAAUCAAAUUGCAUGCUUUGUUGAACAGAAUGAGGAAAACACGUACUACUAAAGGCUGCUCGGAAGGAUUUCAUGGACGAAUUGUGAUGUGACGAAAGUCCUCACCGGGAAAAUUUAUUUGAUUGUUUUCAAAAGUCUCCCUCCACCGCGCCAAGAUUUUCAAGAAUUCAGGAAAUGAGGUACUUCAUUGUCGUUAGUGUUUAAUACUACUAUACAAUAAUACGGAACCUGAAUCUUGUAAAUCUGGAGAUAUGUUUUUGCAAAGUAAUGCCACAUCUAACUACCUUUCAAAUUCUCGCGAAAGUAACUUCCAGCGAAAAGAAAUUAUCUGACGCAGUACUUUCCAUAUAAGAUCAAACGACGGUACACCGUGGCACCAUUAACGUAGCAUAAUAGAGAAGGCAAAGAAAGAUGUCAUUCGUUCAGUCACUGGUAGGGUACCGAGAAAAAUCUGAGUCUGCCUAGAGAGAUUGAACCCCAGACGUUAUCAUUAUUCGUAAUCUUAUGCCCUAACACUGAGCUAAUGAGUAAUGUCCUCAGUAGUUCUGUCAGGCUAGGACAUUACAAGGUUCACUGAUAUGUCACAUCUGCCCAGCAGGCUGCCUGGAUCAGCAAUGUUGUGAAUGGCACAGCUCAAGAAACAUGGUAAAAUACAGAAAGGUGUCAUUUGUUUUGUUACAAGUGUGGCACAAGACAUGUAAGAUCUCUAUGAUACUGAUCUAGUCAACAUUUUUAAUCUUAACAGUGCAAAUAAACUUUGUAAGCAAGUUACAUUUCCUGCAGGAAUUUAUUUUUGGUGCAACUUGAGUUUUGGAAGAAUUUAUCACUUGAUGCAUUGUAAACUUAGCUGUUGCAGUACAAUGAUUCAAUUAAGAGAGAUUCAUGAGAAUUAAUAAAAUAUAGAGCCCACUGAUCAGAAGCCACUGUUUCCAACUAGUUGGAGUUCAUAUUUUGUCUGCAACACAGCUUUUAACCUUUGAGGUGACAUCAGAUUGAACAAAACAUCAUCAAUCAACAAGUCUGUUGGUGUAACUUCAUGACAUUCACGUGGUUAUCUCAAUGAAUAACUCAACUUUUUACAAUCCCUAUCACAUAAGCUUUGCUUGCUAGGAAGAGCAAUAAAUAAUGUGAAGUUGACAUGAAGAAAGAAAUCUAAUUCUGAAAACAAGAUUGUAAGCCAGGACCUUCUGAUACUCUACCAGCUGAAAUAAGGGGCUAAGAAGAUAUAUUAGGUUUGUAUGAGACAUGAAUCCUAUUCAAUCCAAGGAGUAUCAAGAUAUAUAGAAUAUUGGAAAUUUUCCGAACUGUUCAACUGAGAUGUCUGACAAUGGCAUAAAAGAUUAAAUCUGAUUUCUAACUGGAUGAAUCAAUUUUGCUCUGUGAACAAGAGCAGGGAAUGUAAAAAAAAAAUUGAUUUCCUCAAGCUGUCAUUUAACUGUCUUUUACAAUUAAAUACAUGAAAAGAAAAAACAUCUCUAUGAAGCAAAUUACUGUAUGCCGUCAAUAUGCAACUUAGAUUCUGGAUGUAAGUCUACGAGAAUGAACAAAAACAAGAACAAGAACCCGUAGUCGAGAACAUUCAGCAAAAAAGUUGGAUAUGGAUUGGCAAUGUGUUUCUUAUCCCACAAAUGGUAUUGUCAUGAUGGACCCCUGAACUGGAUAAUGGAAAGCGCACCUCUUUGAAGGACACGCCUUAUCUUUGCAACAUGUUCGAAACCUUUUUCCAACAGCGGAUCUUCAAUAGCCUUUGUAAUCUCAAACGGGUACUUUUCAAACCUUCCCUGGAGAGUUCAGGUUUUUCCAUCGAAUCAUCCAUGGGCGAAUCCUCCGUUCCUUCCGAGCCCAGUGGAGUGACCAUUUCUUUCAGUCCCUGCUGAAAUAACUGAAAUAUUUACCAGGGCCACGGCUCCGGAGAUGUAGCGGCCUUUGUGAUGGCUCCAGGUCAUUCUAUCAUCACCUUAAAUUGACUCAAAUUGAUUGAUUGAUUUGCUUCCUCAUUGCCUCUCGAUAAGGCCUGCAGUAGUACUGAGAUGUUGGGAUUCUUCAGAAUAUUGUUUCAUGAUGGAGAACUUUACCGCAUUUAUCUUCAGUUUCAAGAACCGAGCUAAGGCAACUGGGAUUCCCUUUUCCGAAAGGUUCUUGAAAUAAUAUUCUGCCUCGUUUGAAGUGCGAGUUCUUGGCCUUCCUGUAUCACUGAGUCGCGUUGUUCAGUUCUCGCGCCAGUCGAUGAUCUGCAACACGUUUGUCACGGUUGCAUGGCAACCAAAAUCUAUUCGCUGGAAAACAAACCGCAGAAGGAUUUCCGGUCGAAGUCAGCUUUUAUGCUUUGGUGGCUGAAUUGGAGUUUUUUUCCAUUCUAUGACAAGCUUGGCAGUAUGAAAAUGCCCUGAAAUGCACAUAGUCUUUCUUGCCUCUAACUUCUGUAUGAAGCCUUAUUAAAACUGAAGAUUGAUGAGUUUUGAAUCAUGCUUCCGACAGAACUUGACCCUUUUACCCUUCUCGUGAAGGUAUGCCGACAACACUCGGUUGUAGAAGUUUCCAAACAUGAUCAGCUCACGUAAUAUCGAACCGGAGAACCACAGUUUUCUGAUAUUGUGAUCUAAUUUUAUCGCUCUGGUUUCAGUGAGUGUCACGUACCUUGUUUGAGGAACUAUCACGAUUGAUCACGAUUGCCCUCACAACACGGAAAUACGACACAUUUUUAAAAUUACUCAUGAUACGGAUUUAGAAAAUGAGAAAUAAAUGCCAAUUAAUAACGUGAAAGUAGAAAAAUCUGCGAUGAAAAAAUUUUAUUCAAGGCAAAAGCGAAAUAUCACGACCUUAAUUUUUAUUUACGUCCUAGAUUCUUGUCGAGCAAUUAAAUUAGCAAGUGAGUAGAUUCCAAUUCACUGAACACGAAAUAUCUCCUUCAUAAUUUACACAUGAAAAAGCAAGUGAGACAUUUUUUACAUUUGGAAAACGAAAGACAAAACCAUUGGCAGUUUGUACCCUGAGGGAAACAUAAACUGGGAUAAUGAAAUUCAUCUUAGGUAAUUUAAAUACUUUUUCUAAACAGCAUGGGAGGAGGACCAGUCCCAAUUAAAAUCUCUAAUUUUAAAAUUGAAAAUAUUAUUUAUAAUUUUGCACCACGGGAAGCGGAAAGGAGGCACGCGCAAAAAGAGAAUAAUUGAGUUGUUUGGUUAAUUGCAUUUUAUACACGUUGGUUUGCGAGAUGACAUCCAGUCUAUGUAGAUAACUUUAGAUCACACAGGAAGUGAACGAACAAUAUUUGCACGUCUUAGCGCGGUCUAUUGUCUAAAGGGCUUGAAAUGAGGAAGAAAUGUGCUCACGUGAUUUGAGGAAUUGUGGGAAGUGAUUUGCGCUGAGUCCUUGCAUUUGUUGUACGCUUUCUUCAUAAGAGUACUCGCAAAAUGGUGUAAAUUGUGUAGCGAAUAGUUCCACUGACUAGCAAUGGAUUGUACAGAGGAAGAGGACACUCCUCGGCUUAGUCCGAUGCCGAGGGAUAUUCUGGCUCUGCCUGCGCGAGAGGUUCUUUCAUAUACGAAAAUUCGUGAUCCCUUGUCACUUCAGCUGAACAUGGUGGGCGCCUUGAAAAAUUGGAAAGACGUGGCCGAUUUGCUUGGGUAUUCUGCUGAGAGAAUCCUCGGUUAUUUCGCUCACAAUUCUCGACCUGGAUUACUGUUAUUGGAAGACUGGAUAUACGAAAAGAAUGGUAUUCUUGAGACACUUGUGAAUAUCUUGAGCGAACUGGAGUUUUAUUCUUGUCUGGAAGUAAUUCGCAAAUGUGUGGAAGGUACAGAGAUUUUGUCAUGUUUUCUUUGUUUUUUAAGAACUUCCUUUCACUUAUUUGCAUCAGCCAAUGUUUAUUUUAUCAUUUUGUUGUUAGGAAAUGAGUGAAAAGUUUAAUUUAAAACGGUUGGUUUGAUCUGACGUGAAUCUUUACCUUUCUCUGCGGAUUUACGUCAAUCACGAUUUCCAAGAUUAUAAUUGUGUGGGUGAAAUCAACUCGGUUGAAUACGAAUCACGCUAUUCUUAAAUUAAUGAUAAAUCUAAGAUCUAUCUCUGUUUCAUUUCAAAUAAAGCUUUUUGGUUUAUUAAUUUUCGUUGAAGUGGAACUGGCGGAGUUUGAAUUAAAUUGGGUUUAAUUUGUGGAAAAAGGGAAGGUUAAAUUCUCGGUAAGGAAGGCUGUAAUUAGAGCCUUCCUUCUUCCUACACAGUUAAGUUUUUAAUAGGAUGAAAUUGCAAAGCGUGGAAUAUUUAGGUGCUGUAAAAGGGUCAAUUUCUAGUAAUAAUGCUGAAAAGUUUAAAAGCUUCUGUGGAGGACUAAAUGUACGCAAGUAGUAAUCUUAUUGCGGUUGAUGACCUAAUAAACUAGCCACCUCAAUACAAUGCCAACGUUAAUUUACGCCAUUAUCAUUACUUCACUUAUUCUUUGCUCUUUCGUCUUCUUAUUUUUUUGUUGGGAAAGUCAGUUUAUUACAAUGCUAUUGAUUAUAUUUAAAUAGGUCUUUUUAACAUGUAAUAAUUUGGUGAACUUGACAAGUUUCAGGUGAAAGACAGUUAAGAGGUUUCAUUAUUUUUUUAUUUUGUCACAAUGAGUAACAGUGAUGUUAAGAAAUCCUAUUUGGCUUUUGAACAUUCUUGUUUUUUGUGUAUAUUGUUUUUAUUCAUUUUUCUAAUAGCUUUGUUAAAAGCAAGGAUGCAUCAUGUGGGUGUCUAGAUUUUUUGGAACCUAAUAUCGGGUGCAUGACAAGUUAUUAGAAUGAAGAUCUUGAAAUUCAUAACGUUGCUUUUAUCUUCCGCUCCUUGGUAAUUUGAAUAUUUUUCUCGUGUGAUUAGAUUCAUGUGAAUUCUUUCACUUCCUCUUUCACUCUAGAAGAUGCUGCCAGCUACAUUUUAUGGUUUCUUUUCCAUGCCUUGUUUUUUUUUUCUUUAUCAAGAAAUUCAUUAUUCUUUCCUUGCAAGUUUAAUAUAGUAGUUACAUCCUGCUGUGCUUAAAAUUCACUCCAAUGCCAGGUGCAAAAUCAAGAGUUCUCUUGAUUGUAGUUCACCUAGCCUGAGUCAUGAUAAACAUCACCAGUGCAAUAUUGAUAUGAACUCUUAAAUCUAGACUUGUGCAAAUGUACCGAUCUGGUAUUUGUGCAAUAUCAGAUUGUUUCUAAUAGAGCCUGAGAAUUAAUUGUAAGAUCAAGGUCACUACUUACUACUCGUCACCUUUUAGUAGUGUGCCCAAAGACAAAAAGAAGAUCUAUUCAAUGAUCUUUUAGCUUUGUAAUUAUAACUGAAUUGUUUAUCACAAAAAAUCUUUGAAAAAAGUCAACAAUUGACAUAGAAAGAGGAUUACUAUAGUUGUUUACGUUACAAAGAAUAUACAGUGUGAAAGAUUAAAGAUGUUGAUGGGAUUCAAUGUGGAUUUCAGUUGACUAAUGCAUGAUCUGUCGACAUGAUUAGAGAUCAUUUGUUUUGUGCUGGAAGGAGAGAAAAGACUAGAAAAAGUAGAGAGCCUGAACUAAUCAAGUCCAAGUUGAGAUUUAUGCAGUGUUUUUGGUCUUUAGUCAAACUGAGAUGAAUAUUGGUAUAAAAUGUUAUUUUAGAUUGCAGAAAAUGUUCUUUUCUGUUCCUAAUUUAUUUGGGUAUAUUAAAAUUUUUAUCUCUGGUGACCAAUUUAAUAUUUUAGACUGACUAGUAUUGACUGUGAAAAUACUUGAGCUGGGGCAUUUAACCCUUUAACUCCCAUGAGUGACCAAGAAAUAAUUUCUCCUUAUAAUAUCAAUUCAAUAUAAAGCAUAGAAGUGAUGAGAAUAAAGAAAAAUAUUAAUUCAGGGAUUAUUAGUUGAUCCAAUACCAAAUUCCCUAAAUUGACAUCAUAAGAAUUCCAUGGUAAAUAGUAAGUAGAAUUACUAAUAAACUUUUGGAAGUUGAAGGGUUAAGAUUUUGGAUAGAUGUUCAUUAUUUUAUUGUACUCUCUGUGGCAUCUCUAGUUGCUUAUUGAGGGGAUCAGCUGUAAACCCUGUGAAGUAACCAACAGAGAUUGUAUUUUUUUGGGCUCUUGUGUACAACCCUGUGUUCUCUAGAUGAAAAUCUCUCAAGAACCUCAUUAUUUUCAUGAUCAUUUCAGAUUAUCAAAGAAAGUCUGGAACAGUUAGCAGGCAGAAUGAAGUUGAUAAUGAUGAUGAUGGGAUUGGUGAUGUACAGGGAAUCCAACCUGAAUAUGGAGGUUGUUGUGUAAGUGAGGACAGUUCAGUUGUUACAUCAACAGACUCAGAAUUUACAAACCACACUUUGUUUACGUCAUCUGAGUUCUCAACAAUUUCAAGUCCUCUACCAUCCGCAGUUGCAAAUUUAAAGGAUAAGACUUCUGGGGGUAUAAGUGUGCAUGACAAAGACCUGCAAGGGAAGAGUCUUAGUAGCACUAACUUAUGUGUACCAAGCAGAGUUGCUGAAGAAGGGGGCACCCCUACAGGAAGGCCUGGACUUUUUAGGUAUAGCUCUUGGUCACCAGAUGCACAUCUUGAGAAUGAAGACCUUGUUAAGUCUAACCAAGGUGGAAAGGACUAUAUGCGUUCAAAUUCCCAUGAACCAAAGAGUAAAUUGAAGGAUAGGAAGAAAUCUUUUCGGAAAAAAAUUGCCCAUAUGUUUUCUACAAAGAGACACAAGAGAUCAUCUGAACCAUCUAACAAUGAAGGAAACUCCUCAUUGGUAAGCUCUGGUGAAUCCAACUCAGACACAUCCAUGGUGACGUCAUUCACAGCAUCAGACUCUUACAGGGAAUCUGUCCAAAAUCCAAAAGAAAAUCUCUCUCCCCUUAAAGUAGAAGAGGCAAGGAGGUUGUCCAAUUCAGACAGUGUGAGCUCAGGAGAAUCUGCAGCUUCCCCAACAUCCCUAGGAUAUGAGUCAGGAUACACAUCAUCCCCAGAAGGUAUGUAACUUUGACUUUUCACAUUGGUCUUAUGUAUGCACUUUUACUUUUAGGUGUUUUGUACAUGGCUACUACAAUAAUUUAAUCUUUUGAAGUUUUAGGAGGUAAUGAUUAGCCAAAAAUCUUUCAGUCUAGUCUAGAAUUCACCACAAUAUAUGAUUCAAGAAACAGGUGAAAGAGAUACCAUUGUGAUGGACACAAUUAUUUAAAUGUUCAGAUUGAUAAUUCAAUGAAUCGGUCACAGGUGAAUCACAGUUACCAUUGUGUAAGUCCAAAUUGAAAUCACCAAACCAUGUUAACCAAAGAAACACCAACUGACUUUUUUUUUUUUUUUUUUUAACGAUCUAGCUCCGAUAGGUUCUGGAAAAACCAUCUCCAUCAUUCACUGUUCGCACCUGGAAGGAAAAGCCUUUCAAGAGGAGGUUUCUAAAUUGUACUAUCAUUUUAGCAAAAACUUGGGAUACAAGUGCCAUUUGGACAAGCUGGAGCUUGUUGAAGUUGCUGAAAAUAUGUUCCGCUGGGCUAUGAAAAGUGUCCAGCAGAGUAAUUUUGUAUUCAUCUGUGUUUCUCCGGAACUGAAGAAAAUUUUUGAUUUGCCUUCCAAAGAAAUCAGUGACAGUCUUGAAGGUUUGCAUUUGAAUUAUUUUUAGAUUUUUAACUUAAAUAAAUAAAAUAGCAAUGUUCUUUUGUUUGUUUUGCAUUAUAAAACACUAUUGUAUGAUUCAUGUAUGUAGUAGCAAGUAAUUCUCCACACAGAGAGAAAGGUAACUUGUAUGUGUGGUCAUUAUAGGAACUUUUCUUCUCUAAAUUCCCUAUUACAAGUGUAUCUUAUUCAUACUUUCCUUCCAUCAAGGUUUUGUCUUACUUGAUACUGUUUUUUGAGAAGAGAUGUUGUUAGUGCAUUUUGCAUUUUUAGUCACUCAACCCUUAAGUCCCACUAGUGACCUAGACAGAAUUUCUCAUUACAUCAUUAGUAUGAUGUCAAGUAGACAAGUAACGAGAAUAAAGGAAAAUGUCAAUUAGGGGAUUAUUAGUUGAUCCAAUUCUAAAUUCUUCAAACUAACAUCAUUUAUAUUAUGCGGCAGACAAUAAGGAAAAUUACUAAAGAAAUAUUGGGAGUGAAAGGGUUAAGUUUUAACAUCAGGGCAUUUACAUGUACAAUGCCUUGUAUUAGAUUGCUAAAUAAUAAAUAUUGCAAGGGGCACAUGCUGGUGUGUAAUAAUUUAUUCAAGAUGAAAGAAGUGCAUUUCUUUUGUUGCCUGGAAGCAGUUACUGACAGGUGUCUCUCCUUCAGCAUAUUAUUUCUUACUGGUGAUCUUAUUUUUAGAUGAUGAGGCAUGUAUGGUUCGACUUGAAUCUGACUUAAUACUGGCUGAGCUUGCCACGAAUGCAAGCAACCGAAAAGGAAAGUACAUGACAAUCUUGCUGAAAGGAUCAUCCAAAAGAGAUGUUCCAAGCUUCCUGAGCUUAUAUUUGAAGUACCAGUGGCCAGAUGAAGAACGGAGGAUCAGAUGCAUAAUAGAAGGAAAACCCGAGAUUGUUCCCGUACCUGUUAGCAGUGUCAAGACUGAUCCAGCCCCUAAGGUGGUUGAGCCAGCCAAAAUUCCAAGUUAAGGUUGGUUGUGCAUUAAACUCAACUAAACAUUAAAUAAAAAUGCUCUUUAUACUGUAGCUUGGGGUUGGAGAUCAGUGAACUGUAAGGUUCUGAACUGAUACUUGUUUCUCCACUCAAAUUUAUCUGUGAAAUUGUUCUUGAAAAUUUAUCCAAAUGUUAAGGUACUUAUACAAAAUAGAGGUGAGUAUUAUCUUAACCGUUUUACCCCAAAGGGUGACUAGCAUCUAAUUUCUCCUUACAAUAUCACCUUCAAAUCACACACUAAGGUCAUGAGAAUAAAGGGAAUGAUUAACAACUGUAAAGAAGCUCUAGACAGUUAAACAAUUUCUCCUUGUUAACAUCUUAAGAAAUACAGAUAACAGUAUGAAGAAUAUGGAUGCUGAUGUUAGGGUGUAAAGGGUCAAAAAUUCAUCUCUUGUUGACGUCAUUUUAAGCACAAGGAGAUAACAUUUCAUCUUUAGGCAAACAUUAAGAGGGUAAUCCUCAAAUUUUGGAGAAACAGCAGGGCUUUAGAAUGGAAUAAAGAGUGACUAUUUACAGCUUUUCCUUUUCUGUUGGAUGAAAGGGCCAUGGGCAAGUUUUAUUAUUAGUCUUUCUAGUUUUCUCUCCAUGGCUGAAAUAGCAAGGGAAAAAGCCUCUCACCUGCUAUUUCUUAUUGUAAAUAGACAAAUAAUAGAUGAAUAAAAUCUUUUGUGGAUAAUAUUAGUAAAAAAAAAGAAAAUAAAAAAAAAAUAAAAAAAAAAUAAAAAAAAAUUAAAAUAUUGAAUGGGAUUAAGGUUGAACUAUUUUCAAUAAGGGGUUACAUUUUUACACUAGGGUUUCUUAGCUUUACUCUGGACUAGAGUUUUUAAAUGUAUCAAGUGAAGAGAUCCUAUCACUGAUAGUGUGAAGUUUCACCUCAUCUGAAAUUGUACUAUUUCCUUUGUUUUCCAGGGACAAGGAAACAUGUACUAUUGCUGUACCUGUUAGAGUCUCACUUACAUUCAUCAUUUGGCAAAUAGAAAAAGCCAAAGAAGUCACCAAUUUUUUUUAAUUGCAGAUUGAGGAUUGACUUACUUCAUACUUUGUGAAAGUAUGCAAAAUUAUUCAUAUUCUGUAAAAAUACUGUACUGUACUUGUAGAAAAGGGUUAGGAACCCAGCAUUGUAUAGAUGUGUUCACUUUAUAAAGCCAGCAUGGUAUCGUCAGUGAUAUCAAAGUAUAUCAAAACCUUGCUUAUGACCUUUAUUCCAGGUGCCUAUUUUAGAACUCCAGGGUUGAAUUAAGAAUGAAGCAAAUGACAUAUGCUCUUUUUACUGUAUGACAGGCUAUUGAAUAUACAGAAGAUCUUUGGGUGAUUUUAAUCAGUGCUCUUCACCAAAAUAUUUUUGUACUAAAAUUGUAGGGAGAAUUUAAGAAGUGAUCAUUCAUGAAAGUGAAAAAGUUGCAAUACAUCCUCCUGUACAUGGUAUGAUAGUAAGAUUGUAUGAUGGAUUCCAUAUACAGGUAUAUUUUGAUGAGUCCAAGCAGUGUGAAUUUUUAGUUGGAUCAAAAGAUCAACAAUUUGAACUGUUUUUAUCCAGAAGAUGCAAUAUCUUUAUUGCAAAAUGGAAUACUUUUAUGAAGGUACUGUACAAGUGUUUGUGGAGAAUGAAAGAAUGACCAAUUGUGUAGACAGAUGUGAAGAAGCAUACCCCUGCUUUUGCUUACUCAUCUCGUAGAAAACAGUGGUGUGGAAGAGAACAUGGAAUGUAUAAAAUAUGUUCCCACUUCCAUAUAAUGUUAUGCUAUAUUUUGAAGUACAUCUACAUGUAGGCAAUGUAGCUACAGUUGUAUUGUGGAUGCUGUAAAAGCACUCAUGCGCAAAGACGACUGUGUUACUCGUAUGUUUUGACCAUAUUUAUCGACUAUGUUAAUCAUACAAAAUCAGACUGAAUAGAUUCUUCAGCAGGUUCCAAAUUUAAGGGUUUCUCAAUUGCUUGUAUACAUUGAUUGACUCAAAAAAUUAGCUGAUAUCAGAAAGUAGCUAUUAGGUAAGUAAUAGUUACCACUCUUUGGAAGAAUUAUUUUCCUCAGGCGCAUUGCAUCUCUUGCAAUAAUCCAAUGAGUCCCAUACAGAGAUAUUUUCAUGUGCAAGAUUUACUUUUUGUUCUUGAAAUGCUCCACUUGGCUUGGAUUAUUUAAUUUGACUACUCAAUGGUCUCUCAUGUGAUCAAAUUCAAGCCUGCGUGCGUUUUCAAUGUGCUGUUUGUAUGUGUCACUACGGUGCUAAUGAAUGUUUCACGAGGAAGCGUUUUUUGUACAUGAACACUUGCCAGCCUCUAUUUCAUGUUUUACAUGUAGGGUAGAGAUGUACUUAGAUGUACUUACACUAAUUCUGUAAGGAGCAGUGGUCUUAAUAUACCCAAUAAUGACCAUGUCGUCGAUAUUUGACAGUACAUAAUAAAUAUUGUGAUUAGACUCAGCACAUGAAACCCCUAGGGUGAAUGCCUAGUACAGAUCUUUUGACUGUUUCUAUUCCCAGUUAUAGACAACUGGACAAAAUGAUGUAUUCAUCUCUUAUGGUUUGAGAAAUUGUUUAUGUGUAAAUAUUAAUUCAAUUCAUUUUAAUUGUUUUUCCU